AUGGCCUACAAGAUCGCUGCUCUUUCGCGACAGUUCAGUGAAGGGGAUACUGUCCUCGCGGUCGUCGGCGGGGUCCACGUUGAAGGCAUACGAGCCUUGCUUACUCAAGAUGAACCUCCUUGUGACAUCCAUGCGCUUGCGUGCUGCUUUGUGGAUGCCGAGGUACUGAGGAGGGUGUGGAUGGAUAUAUUCGAGAUAGACCUCACAGCGGCAGCUAGUGGUGGUGGGAUGUUCGACAGGCGGCUCACUGUACCGAGUUCGGAUGAAGUAGAUGAACUCCGUGAUGAAUUGUUGAAGAGAAUAUUCGUCCAAGGACAAGUGCAGGAGUGGGACGAUGCUGGUCAAUGCUGGAAAGUCGUUAAUGUGGAAGCAGCCUGUGGCGAGGCGGCAGGAGACGAUCAGGAGGCGGAUGAUCAUUCUGCCAGAGAUCGGAUCCACUACGGCGAGUUGUUGCUGGAAGGGAGGAUUAACCCGUAUCCAAUCGGCAUUACUGAGGCCCAAUCUAGUCAAACCGAUGCCAAAACGGUUUCCCAGUCAGUCGGGCAGGACAUCCCACCAUCGAAGAGACAGAGAGUGUGUGGUGGUGGUGACGCCGGUGGUACUUGA